UCUGCCACCCUCCCAAUGCCCAGGACUGGUUGCAACAUCACGGUCCCAUUUAAGAACAUGUUCCUGCAGACCACUGCUUUUUCCUUUCAGGUGAACAACCUCUGUUUUACUAUCAAAGGGAUGGACACCAUCGUCUCCAAAAUGACAGAAAACAUACUGUCUGAGGCCCCUGCUGGAGACUUUCCAGGGCCGUGGUUUGGCAAGUUGAUCAUCUCCAGCCAGCGCUCUGAAGGCCACCCCAAGCCCUGCUCAUGGGUCUAUUACCUGAAGGGGGUCCGCUUUGAGUCGUCUUAGAAAGAGACAUGUACACUAACAAAAGGAUGCACACACAGAUGUCAGAAUGAAUGCAAAUAGGCCACCCCGUGGACUCAGUUCUUUACUGUGUAUGUUUUGUGAAGCUUCAUGUGUUGUCAUUUAGUCAGUGUCUGAACAAUGUUAAUGCCAAAAAUUUCACUGUGUGUAUUUAUGUGGUUUAAAUAAUUAGUGCCUUCAUGAAUUAAUAAUUUGAAUAAAUCCUGCAGAGAAAACCUG